CAUGUUUUUAACACCAAUCUCGAACCACCCUUUCUCAUCAGUUCUCAAACCCAGAAAAAAGCAAAACAAAACAAAACUCAAAACCAAAACCAGCAAUAUUAAACAGCUUUCAAUAUUUUCGAGAGAAAAAAAAGAGAGGAAAUGGCUUCUGAGCAGCAAAUGAGAAGGGAAAAUACCACCUCAGAGAGGGAGGUGGAGAUUGAGAAAGACAAGGUGCCGAAGAUCACGACCCACUUUGAGGCUCUGAGAGGGGCGGAAGGCAAAGACACUUCUCUGGACAGCAGCAAGCAGUCGCAGCAGCAGCAUGAGGAUAAAGCGCGGAGUGGAAGCACGGCGGGUGAUGUGGGCAUGGGAAAAGCAAAAGAGGCUCAUGAGCUCGAGUCUCUCAAGGAUCAAGUAGAGAAGGACAAGGAUAAGGAGACAGAAGCGCGGGCUGAUCAAGGGAGGACUGCCAACAUGGUGGCGGAUAAAGAGGCCUUGGCUAAAAGAGAGAGCGAAGGCCGAGCUCAAGGUCAAGGAGGAGGCGAAGGUGGGAAAUUUGAAGAGCACCACCAAGGGCAAGGUCAAAGUGAAGGUCAAGGCCAAGGUGGAGCGCGUCCUCAAACUCAUACGAAGGUUGAAGAGCACCAACGACAAGCCGGGGCUCAAGGACAAGGAGGUGGUGGUCAAUAUCAUGCGAAGGUUGAAGAGCACCAAGGACAAGGCGGAGGUCGUCAAUCUCUUGGGCAAGCUGGAGGUGAAGGAAAAGGCGGAGCUCAAUCUGUUGGUAAGUUUGAAGUGAGUGGUGAGGAAGAGAAGGGUUCGGCCAAUAAAGGCCGAGAAAGUACUGAAGUUGAUAAACAAUCUAGAUGCACACAGAUAGGCCAGGGUAUAGAGAAAAUGACCCUCGAUGAAGAGAAGAGUUCUAAAGGAGGCAGAGAAAGUGAGAUGAAAAGCGGGGAAGAAAAGGAAGGAAGAAGCACAAACAUGACGGGCAGAGGAGAUCAGGGUGGAGAGAAAAUGGAUGGUGGGGAAGAGAAAGGCUCUAAAGGCAGAGAAGAAAAGGAGGGUCGUCAGAAGCAAAACAAAGAACAGCAACCAUCUUUGGAAGAAAUCUCAAAGUUUAGAGCAGCAGCACAGCAGAAUUCCAUGGAGGCAAUAAGAGCCGCAGAGGAGCGUUAUGCCCAGGCUAAAGAAUCGGCGAGGCAAGGGAUUGGCAGCGCAACCGAGUUUGUCUCAGAGAAAGGUGAGCAAACCAAGGAGACACUGGUACAAGGAGUACAAACUGCAAAAGAAACUCUUAGCAGCGCAGGCAAGACGGUCGUGGAGAAAACAGCCCCAGUAGCAGAGAACGCGAAAGAUGUGGCGGUGUCAGCGGGACAGACCACUCUGCAUUACGUGGGAGAAGGGGCGGCGAAGGCCAAGGACGUGACGUUGGAGGGCGGGAAGACUGCGGGGGCAUAUGCCGGUGACGUGGCGGUGGGUUUGAAGGACAAGGCGACUGUGGCUGGCUGGAGUGCCGCGCAUUACACGACAGAGGCGGCAGUGGAGGGGACCAAGUUGGCUGCUAGAACUGUGAAAGGGGCGGCGGAGUAUGCGGGUCAUACAGCUGUGGAUAUUGUUUCCAAGCCCUUGAUUAUGGCUAAAGAUGCUGCGGCGGUGGCGGGUGAGAAGGCAGGGGAGUACACUGCUAGGAAGAGAGAGGAGGCACAGAGAGAACUGGAGGCCAGGUCAGCUGAGCAAAAUAAGUCACAGGGGGGUCAGACUCAACAAGGAAGAGAAAAAGAGGGAUCCAAAGGGGGCCAAGGGGAGACUGGUCAGGAAUGGCAGAGUCAAGUUCUGGGCACCAUGAGAGGUGAGGACAUCGGUCAAAAGGGAACGCAGAGCGAAGGUGGUGAUCAGCAAAGAAGAGAGGAGAGGACUUAUGAGGAAGGCGGUGACAAAGCCAGUAGUGAGGAAUACAGGAGUGGCAUGGAUACCUCUCAAGUGGCCGGUGGCGGUGCCGGCAUGGGGGUGGUGCUGGAAGCAAUCGGGGAGACACUGGUUGAGAUCGCGCAGACGACGAAAGACAUGGUGAUCGGGCAAGAGGAGGAGAAGAGUAGUAAGCAAGGGGAGUGGAAUUCAUCAACUGAUCAACAGGGCAAGCAAGGGCUGGGCAAGAUGAAGUGAAGCAU